CACCACACACUGUAAGGAACCUAAGACUCGUGAAGAAGACGAGAGAAAACACGACGGACGGGCAUUCUACAUAAGCAGUUGAACUGCUUCUUGAUCUUGUGUAGAAUUUAGAAUAAUCCGAGAGCUGGAAUAUGGGGAGGAAGAGGAGGAGUUCGGGGACGGCGGGGAUGCAACUGCUUGUGCUUUGGCUGGUGAUGCGGGGUGCUUGGGACGUCGCUGCGUUGACUCCUGGGCAGUGCAAGGAGGAGAGGAACCGCAUCGAGGAGGCGUGCCGGUCGUCGUUCCUGGCGAAACAGAACGUGUCUCCGGCGUGCUGUCAGAGGGUGAGGGUCACGCAUUUCGUGGAGUGCAUCUGUCCCAUCUCCCCCCAGUUAGCUUCCCUCAUUCGGGCCUACGGGGUUAAGCGUCUCGUGGGCGAGAUCCGGAGGUGUGGCGGCACCAUCCCUCGCAACUACAAAUGUGGAAGUAUCACUACUCCCCCAUGAAUUGUCAUACGGAGCACGCGCCACAUGCACUAAACGUAUAUUGCAGCGAAUUCUUGUUCAGAGAGAUUUACAAUGCAGUGCCUAGAUGUAUGAAUUUCCUCUGUCUGUGUUGUAAUGAAUAAACAAUCCCAAGGUCUACUCUUCGUGAUUUUCUUUAUCUUAUGAAGCUCUCCCCCUGUGAUGUAAUUUUUAUGUUUCAUUUUAUGAAUAUGAGGUUUUCAAAA